UUUAUCACAAUCACUGAUCCUGUCUGAACAUCCUACAGAGCACAAAUCAAAUGGAUGUUCAGGUGUGCUAUGCUAGCAGCACCUGCUGUAGCAUCAUCCAGAGGUGAGGAGUGGGUUACCUGGAACUGGAUUAAUCAAUGAAUGGAGGAUAUGCGCUCGUGAAGAGGACAUCGUUCACGUCAGUCCGGUAACCCGCUCCUCAGUCCGCCGGGCCGCAGCCGGGCUGAGAGAGCAGAGCAGCCCGGAGACAGCGCUCCCUAGUCCCGGGCAUGGAGGGCAGCAGCGGCGUCCGGGCGGGGCUCCAGCAGCAGCGGCAGCAGCAGCAGGCGGCGGGUGGAGGAGGAGGAGGUGGAGGCUGGGUGCUGGUGGAGGCCCGGCUGCAGGGAGGAGCACCGUGGGGCUUCACCCUGCAGGGCGGCCUGGAGCACGGAGAGCCGCUCAUCAUCUCCAAGGUGGAGGAGGGCGGUAAGGCGGACUGUUUGGAGCGCCCCCUGCUGGUGGGCGAUGAGAUCAUCGUCAUUAACGAGGUGGAGCUGACUGGAUACAGACAGGAGGCCAUCGCUCUGGUUAAAGGAUCGUACAAGACGCUGCAGCUCACCGUCCGCAGGGAGUUUGAUCCGGGAUACAUCGAGGAGUUUGACACUCCAUGUUCCUCCCCACCGGCUCUUCCUCCUCCUUCUCCACCUCCUCUGUCUUCCCUCCAGCGGCCAUCAACUCCACAACAACAACAAACACCAUCGCCGUCUCACCGCAGCAGAACAUGCUCAGCAGGAGGAGUCCAACUCCGCAUCAAGAACAGACGCAGUGAGUCGGCGUCUCGUCCUCACUCGUGGCAUUCGACGAAGCUCGGUGAUGGACAGCAGGAAUUAAACCAGGGAGGGAUGGACACGAUGAGCAACGCCUGGCACCACGGCUACCACGCCAGUGCUUCAACCACUGACCUGUCUGGUGGGUUUGAUUCUGGUGGUGGCUACCUGAGGAAAAGUCCGGACCAGUACAGCUCCAGGGGCAGCAUGGAGAGCCUGGACCCCCCUCAGUCCUCCCAGCUUCACCCCGGAGCUCAGCACCACCACCACCACCAUCACAGCCACAGCGGACCCCACCCUGCCUACUCCUCCUGCCACCAGCUGUCUUCUGCCAGGUCCUCCAACAGCAUCGACCACCUCACCAACAAACGGGACUCCGCCUACUCCUCAUUCUCCACCAGCUCUAGUAUCCCAGACUACCUUGCCUCCACCCCCUCCUACAGCCCGGAGCGUUCCUAUUCGCUGGAGACAGUCUCUCAGAGAGGAGGAGGGAGUGCAGAGUUGCAACAGGCGGACAUGCGUUACGUCCGAUCAGUUUACGAUGCCCAGCAGGGAUUAUCUCAAGAGCAGGAGUUAGGCUCCACCUCCGCCGCCUUACAACGCAAUAACGAUUCCAGAGGCGGGGGAGGAUCAAGGACAGCACUAAACCGAGAUGUGCAAGGUUCAGUAGCAGGGGUCUGCUACCGUGGAAGCAUCAGCGGCAGCAGCAGCAGUGGAAGCAGCUGCGGUAGUGUACCGGCCUCAAACAGACACAGCGUAGGUCCAAUAUGGGGCCAAGCAGGCAGCCGCAGCUCCUAUGAGAGCCUGAAGGGGGCACCAGCUCCACCAAGACGCAGCGACAGCUACGCAGCCAUCAGAAAUCACGAGAGACCAAACUCCUGGUCCAGUCUGGAUAAUGCCAGGUCACUAAGGUCUCUGCAGAAAGGUUCCUGGCAUCACUCCAGUGGUCCUGUGGCCUUAGGUGCAGCAAAAGGCUUGUACAGCACUGAGGGUCAACUCCACACAGUGAUAGAGAAGAGUCCAGAGAGCAGCCCAACCACUAAACCCCGGCAGGGUGGAGGAUUCCCCCAGUCACCUUCCCCUACGGGAUCUGCUCCCCAAUCGGGCAGGCUAAUUUUGCCCACUGGCAUGUACGCUGUCCCUCAGCCUGAGCCCCACUUUGCACAGCUGCCCAGCACAGGCCCUGGGCCAGGCUCCUCUGGAGUCUAUCCCGCUCUGGCCAAGGAGAGCAGCCGACAACAACACCAAGGGCCGGAGGGUGUUGGAAGGAGACAGGACGCAGCAACAGAAGAGCAGAGAGAUGGAAGGAUGUCAGAAAAUGGUUACCAAAAUAGCACUUCAUCAUCGCCAUACUCAAACUCCUCAUCUUCAAUAAUUGCCUCGACACAGCUCAGAACUCAUGCACAAGAAGACAAUAGGCCUGAAAAGGAAGAGUCUUACUUUGAAUACAAUAAACCCAACCUGAAAACUUCUGGAGGAGGGUCGAAUGGCCAAACAGGGACCAAAAGACCCGAAAACCACCAGGAACCUCCCAGUCAGAGCUUCCAAGAGUUCUACAUCCAUACAAGCCAGGCAGCCCCCAGCCAAAUGUUACAGCAACCCAACCAGGACUUCCAUAUCCCCAACAUCCAGUCCACCCAACAAGAAUUCAGACCUUCAUCCUCACAAGACUGGAGGGAACCUUCGACAUCUGUUCAGUCCAGGGGAGACAGGAACAGAUCAAUGGACCAGACCAGCACUCAUUCAGAGCCGUUGGCAUCACCCAAACUUGCCCAGGGACAGGUGCCACCUACUCACUUUCCUGUUCAACCUCAGCCCCAGGCUCCAUCGAGCCCUGCUUCCCAGCCUGCUCCCCGUCACCUCAGUGACUCAGCAGCUCUGCAGUACCAUCACUGGGAGCAGGAAAGAGACAGGGAACACCCGCUGACCCGUCUGGAGAAUGCCCUUGCUGAAGUCCAACGAUCCCCCAGCCCCGACAGUGUUUUCUCUGCCAGUAGCCAUGGCAACAGUAACUUUGCUGAUGAAAACCAGGGACCUGCUCGCAGUCUUUCUGUGCUGGAGAAAGUCAGUCGCUUUGAGUGUCGGGAACGUGCCGGAAAGCAGCGCAGUCAAAGCACCACCGCCGCAUACAGAUCCAGUCCACUGAGGGGUCGCAACACCGCCUGUGGAGCAGAUGAUCUCAGAAACAUGCUCGAGAGAAGCACCAGUGCUAGCAAAGCUCACAGAACAAUGAGCUACAGAGGAGGCAGCAACGAGCAAGUGAAACACAGGUCUCCAGCAGAUCCCAACUCAGCCCUCCAGAGGAGCCGCAGCACCUUUCACCUUAAUGAAAGAGAGGAAGACAGCAGCAGAGACUUCCCCUGGAAACAAGAAAUUAAUCAGAUGCUGGGGUCAAUGCAGGACACUUCCCCCAACAGAUCUUAUAGGGACUCCUUAAAAGAUGCCCAGUCUAAGGUCCUGGGGUCCACCUCUUUCAGACGGAGAGACCUAAGCUCCUCAAGCAGCCCUCAACCUCCUGCAGCUUCCCCUCCUGGUUCCACCUCCAGCAGUCAUCAACCUUCGCACGUCCCUGCCAAGUACCUCUCUCCUGAGAAAAAAGGCCCCAAAACCAUGCCAAAACCACAGGGCGUGAUCAUCCCAUCCCAGUCACCACCACCUGUCACCUCCCCUCACACCCCCAAGGAGAGACAUGUGGUCAGCCCUGAGGUCCGUGGUGCAAGCCCCCCAGCCCUCCCAAGUGUCCCACCUGUUGGACCCCCUGCUGUGCUGCGGAUCUGUGGCCGGAGGCGCCUAGCAGCAGACCAGAAGAAGCGAUCGUACUCAGAGCCAGAGAACAUGAACGAGGUCGGGGUUUCAGACACGGAGACUGUUGCGCUCUUCAGACGUGGAGGAGAGACCAGCGUGGCAGAUCGGCGGAAGAUGUUUGAGCAAAAUGCUUCAGCAAGAACCGACUUACGUCAACUUCAACAAGACGCUCUGGCUGAGUACGUACAGAGAAAGAGAGGUGUAAAAAGAGAGGAAGGUGGACAGAGGAGCGGACUGAGGCCUCGGAGUGCUUUUCUACAGCCUGAAAACUCUAACCACGCAGCCUCCUCCUGUUACUCAGACACCCUCAGCCUCUCCUCCGCCUCCAGUAUGCUCUCCCUCCAGGAAUCCAUCUUCUCCUCUGAGGGGAGGAGUAUCUGCUCCAGCCUCCCUCCAGGAGCAGACCUGCGGAGUUUCCAGUCCAACUUUUUCUACCCAGGCACGGUGACCUCCCCGAGGCCUCCAGCACACCCACAACCAGGUGGCUCCCCUCAUCAGCUGCAGGCCCAGAGCCUCCAGGAUCUGACCCCAGAAGCAGGGCUCAGCAGACAGAAUCAGUCCUCCCUCAGAGACCUCAGCCAGGUCCACCAGCAGCAGACUGCAGGGCCCCAACUCAGCCUGGGACUGUCCAGUCAGUUGAACGGCGCUCUGCAGAGAGCCAGGCCAGCUCGGGGAUCAGCAAAGUCUGCUUCUGCAGAGGAUCUCCUAGAGAGAACGGAGGAGAAACGGAUGUCUCCUCAGCACCACAGAUCCCGCUCAUCCCCCAUGGUGGAGAGUCUGAACCAGGACCUUCCUCCAGGUGACAUCAGGAUGUUUGGUGUCUUCUCUGAAGACAUACGCUGCUCUCUGGCUGCAGACAGACCUGCAGACCUUCACACAUCAGAGAGCCCUGUCUCUUCUCAACAGUCACACAACAGCCUGAUCACCGUCCAGCCUGCAGGGCCUUCAGAAGACCUUGGCUCCUCCCACACUCCCGUCACUCGGAGAGAGCGACAGAGAAACAGCGAGCGACAACGGGCCAACAGCACCUCCACCCUGGCGGCGUCUGUUGGCUUGCCCUGUCCCUUCUUCUCUCCACCUGGCCUUGAGGAUGAAGGCAGCACUGAGUGGCGUGCUAACGAGAGGCUGAGCCAGGCCAAUCUGGACGCCAUCACCUUCCCCGGCCUCCCACAAACAAGCACAGGUGACGCUGUAAGCACUCCCGCCUACAGUGAAACCCGGGUGACGGACAGACAGACGAGGCACAGUUUGGGUGACGCCAGCACUUUAGAAGACGCUGAAAAGGACGUUUACAGAGGAAGAGCGUUCAGUUUGGAGACGAUAGGGGGGCAAUCUGCGCAAAAUGAACGAGUUUCAUCUGUGCCGCUCUUAGCCCCACCAGACAUGAGGGAGAGCACGCCGUCUCCUCCCCCUUUCUCCCCACAGCGUCUAUCCUCACUCCGGAUCUCCGAGUCAAACCUCAUCAGCCCCACCGACUAUCACCCCCCACUUAAGACAGGCUUGUCUCAGGAGGAGUAUGAUGAAGUUUUCCUCCAAAAUCCGGCUCAUCCGUUACCUCAUCUGCCGGUCAGAGAGACGAACAUUCUGGAGGACUUCCCUCCUCCACCUCCUCCUGUUGAGAUGGAGCAAGAAGCUGGACACCAGACUCUGGAAAGACCUACCCUCGAGGUUUUAAACAACAGAAACUCAAGCCUCCACUCCCCUCCAUCGUCCCCUUCCUCCUCUGUCUUUCCUCCACCUGUGCUCAGCCACUUUCCUACUCCGAAGCCCACCACCAUCAACUCCAUCAACACGUACACUCCAACCGAGGACAGCUUCGGUCUCGACUAUCAGCCCCUACCCAAGAGGGAAAAGACAUCAGAGGAGCUGCGAGUGGAGCAGCUGGCCCGUCGGCUGGUGUUGCAGGAUCACUCUCUGGCGCCCCUCCUGGACACAUGGGGAGGUAAAUCCACUGUAGAGCUCAUGGAGGACAUCUUUCCAAACAGCCGAGUGGUUGGCAAAUCUCCAUGGCAACGCAGAGGCAGUAGCCGACUGGAUGACAGAAUCCAAGAUGGUGUCUGUGAUCCCGCUGAGAGUGCAGCGGCAGAUCGAGAGAAGGAGACCGAUCUGGAUGAGGAAGAGAAAGACCUCAACACCAGGAAGGUGGAGCUGUGUGAGGCUCUGAGGAGCAGCGUAGCGGCUCUGCGGCGGGAGAAGGAGGCGCUGAGUGAGGAGCAGAGUCGUCACCAGGCGCUGGGAGCGAGCAUCGAGACGCUGGUGCAGGAACGCCUCAAACCCAACGAGAGGGACAAGUACAGCAUGUUCAUCGGCGAUCUGGAGAAGAUCGUGAACCUGCUGCUGUCUCUGUGCAGCCGGCUGUCGAGAAUCGACCGAUCUCUGCUCGCUCUGGAGAGAGAGGAGCUGACGCAGGAGGGAGCAGCUGAGGAGAGGGACUCCCUCCAUCACAAGCGCUCCCUCCUCCUCAGUCAGACCGAAGACGCCCGGGAGCUGAAGGAGAACCUGGACCGACGGCAGCGUGUCGUCCACUCCACCCUGUCCGGCUACCUCACCGACCCGCAGCUGCAGGACUACCGCCUUUUUGUCAGCACCAAACCCUCCCUCUUGAUGCGCCACCGGCAGCUCGAUGACCUCAUACGGCAGGAGGAGGAGCAGCUGACGCGAUUGGUCGAGAGCCUGCCGCGGGAAGUGGCGGAGGCUCACGGCUGGUCGAGAGGGUUUCCGUUCCUGUCGUCCAGCCCUGCUCACUGCUCUUCUCCUAUUCCUACACUCCUCCCGCCCUCUGUGACUCCAGCCACCGCCCUCUCCAUCAGGUCCACCACUGUGACAUCACUGUGAUGUCACCAGACAAGCUGCGGAGGACGAUGAAUAAAGAAAAGACAAAUGGCUCCUAAAAAAGGGUUUCACAUGAAGGACAGCGGGCCUGAAGCCGGCUCUGAUCACACUGAGAGAACUAUGCAGACUUCACACAUGAAGAAGAAGAAACACCUUUAAUGUGCCUCUUUUUAUUUACACCUGACUUUAAGUUACACGUCUGUUCGCCUCAACAUUAGCAACCACCGCCGUGUGGACUACACGGGUGGACCACACCGACUGCUGCCAACGCCCCUGCCAACCCUCGUUCUCCGUUCUCCAACAUGAUUUUUAUGGGUCAUCAGGUGUAUUUUUAGUUCAGAUACUCUUUGUCAAAGGUCAUUUGUGUUGGGACUGCAGGUGUUGUUCUGCAUAUUUCAGAUCUUAAUACUACUGUCGCUGUUGUAAUAACUGAUGUGUUUGGUUUCAAUAUCUACGUAUAUAAUAUCUAUGAACAUCAAACAUGAAAGCAGGAGUUAACACUGUUAAUGUAACAGCUUUAAUUCAUGAAGUAAUGGUCGUCUUUCAAAGUCCUGAUCAAGAUUAUAAACAGUAAUCCAUCUUCUAUCAAACCUCGGCCCUGAUCCUUUUUUUUUUUUUUACAUAAUAUCGGGUCAAAGUGACCUUUAGGGACUAAAAGUUUUGUAGUUGCUCCUCUAGGUUUGUUUCAGCCUGCAGCACUGAAACAUGCAGGAAUGUGUGCAACAAAAUCUUUCAGGGCAAAAGUUACUGCUCAAAGUACGUCCACUACAAGUUGUUGUUUUUUGUCACUGUUGGAGUCAGGUUUUUAGUCCAAUUGUCCGACAACAUCACAGUAAGGACCCCUAAAACGAUUUUUUUUGUUAAAGCUCCUGUGAGGAACUUUUGGGAUCAUGACGGUCUUUGUUCCCACUGUCGACAAAGAGGGACGAUUUAUGAAUAAGUGGUGCUUUCUUUAGUGAUCAUUCCUGUUUUGUUAUUGAACUUUUAGAAUGACAAUCUGAGCCUGCAUGUGGAAAAAACUAAAACUUUUUGUGGACGUACUUUACAACUGCAUACGCCCUGAAUGAUUUGAUUGCAGCUGUUGGACCCCACAGUAUUUAAAAGACGGUCCCAGCAUGAAAAUGAACCCUUCAUAGAGAUCUGUAAACUACUUUCAUGGUGCUUUCAGGAGCCUCAAACAUUCAAACGCUCCCCCAAGGACGCCUCGUUUUACAACGACAAUAUGAAGUGAGCAGGGGCUUUAAGAAGUCCUGCUCAGCUUUCGCACAUGUACAGUACGUUUUUAACAAACACCAAAAUUCAGAGGGACACUGUUUGAGUCAAACUGAGGGCACAGAUCCUGAAGGGUUUGCUGCUUUGUAAUAUUCACUGUAACACUACUACUACUCUCACUACUGUCUGUACACCUGGAGCACUUUUUUAACUACUGUCUGCAGCUGGAUCAACACUGAAUCAUAACCACAUUAGUCACUGUGCCUCUCUAAAAGUCAAUGAAACAUUAACUGUAAGAAAAAAUAAUUAAAGAUUGAGAUUCCAAAGAUUUUCCCCAGAGGAGAUAUAAAAAAAACAUCUUCUUUAUUUAUAUUCCCUGUUGACGUUUUGUUUUGUCCAAUUCUCGACUUUCUCCCUCUCCCCUGCACGGUUCAUGUCUGAGUUUUUCUAAAGGCAGAGCAGCAACUUAAACAUAAACUUCUAAAUAUUUAUCAGACGCUUUUAUUUUGAAAUUAAUCUAAUUUAAAAUCCAUAAAAUGUUGAGUGUAACAACAAAUACCACAACUUCCUGAAUCAAACGGAUACAAAAUAAAUAUGUUAUGUCCUGUUAAUCCCCAAUUUCUAAAGAGGAAGAAGUGGUUUCAUUAUCCUUUAUUCCCCAGGUGUUACCUUUAAGUUUUUUAUGGACACAUUGCUUUCAUACGCACCUGUAUGAAAACUCUAUGGUUUGUUUUUUUGUACGUACCUCGUCUUACAGUUCAGGUUUUUAGCUAUAGUUUAAACUCUCAGUGCCAAUCAAAAGUGCUGACAUCACUGUGACAUCAUCGUGGUUAUUUCCUCAAAGUGAAGAAGUCUCUUAGUCGUGUUCAAUUUAGCUGAUUCUCCUGUUUUAAGAAGCCCUCAUGGAUCUUUUUUAGUAUUUUUUACUAGGGUCACAAAAAAGGAAAACUUCACAAAAAAAUGUUGGUGGUGCCAACAUGAAGUAUUUAUUUAUGUUGAAAUGAUAAACGUCACAGAUGGAAAUCGAGGUGUAAGAAUCAGGAUUAUAACUUAAUAAAUGUUGCAUCACCAUCUAAGGUCAUUGUCACUCAUCAUAAUUGAAGUAUAAGGGGUCAGAAAACACAAUCAUCACUUUUAUAUUUCUGUUUUAUAAAAUAUUUAACUUUAAUCCCUUCAUCAUGUAGUCGUGCCAUUUAGCAUCCCUUCUGUCUCGUUGAUCAGGGGACUCCAAACGGCACAAACAGCAACAUCAAUAUUUCCUCUUUAAUGAUCCAGUCUGUUGGCUUCAGAGAAGAGGCUUUCAUAUGAAGUGCUGAUCAGCGGAUGUUUUUACCUCUUUUUACACUUUUUCAUUCUUCCACUACCAUUUUAUUUUUAGGAGCACCUUUUUCAAAUAUUCUCAUAUUCUGUGAACAUUAAAGGACAAACGAACUGCCUUAAGUUUUCAUCAAUUAUCCAGAUUUUACUGUUGAUUAUUGUUGGAGUGUUUUUAUUAACGUUGUUUUCAGAGGCACAGCACAAUAUCUGAAACGUUUUUUUCCGGUUUUGUUAUUGAACGAUGUUGGAUGUUCACUUUAUGAAAGAAGGACGAUUAAAGAACAGCUCCUGGUUUUUGCAAAAUAAACGAAUAUUUUGUAAAGGA